GUCGUUACGAGCGCCAAGUAUAGGAACGUACCUCUCGAGAGAGACGAUGCCAUCGUCACGAUGGUUCUCCAUCUCGGAGUCCCUGCUGUCCACUGCUGUCAGAGGUCUAUGUGCAUUUUGUGCUGAUCGGCUCCGAGUUUCGCAAGAGCUGGUUGGAGUAGCACGUGGAGCGGCACGGUAUUCUUCGACACCGGGACCUGUCAAACGUGAAAAAUGGUUUUGGAUCUGGAUUACUUUCGCAAGGACAAGGGCUCCGACCCGGAGAAGAUCCGGGAGAACCAGAAGAAGCGUUUCAAGGAUGUCCAGUUGGUGGACACGGUGAUCGAGAAGGACAAACAUUGGCGACAAUUGCGUCAUCGGGCUGAUAAUUUCAACAAGCUGAAGAACCUGUGCAGCAAGGAGAUCGGCGAGAAAAUGAAGAAGAAGGAGCCGCUCGGCAACGACGAUACCGUGCCCCAAGCUAUCGCCGAUGACCUUGACGGUUUGAACUCUGACACCCUGAAGGCACUGACUGUAACGCAGAUCAAAAAGAUACGUACUCUCAUCGACGAAGCGAUAGAGAAGAACAAUGAGGAUCUGAAGACAACCGAGUUAGAGAGGAAUAGCGCCCUCAGGGAGGUGGGAAAUCACCUACAUGCAUCGGUGCCCGUCAGCAACGAUGAAGAUGAGAACAAGGUAGAAAGAACUUGGGGAGACUGUACCCAGAAGAAAAAAUAUUCUCAUGUUGAUUUGAUUCAUAUGAUUGAUGGAAUGGAUGGAGAACGUGGUACCGGGGUGUCCGGUGGACGUGGUUAUUUCCUCACCGGACCGGCAGUGUUUCUUCAACAAGGUUUAAUACAAUUAGCGUUGAGAAAGUUGUCCAAAAAGGGUUACACGGCUCUUUACACGCCGUUCAUCAUGCGGAAAGAUGCUAUGCAAGAAGUGGCACAGUUGUCGCAGUUCGAUGAAGAGUUGUAUAAGGUGGUUGGUAAAGGUAGCGAACGUAACGAGGACAAGGAAAUGGAGGAGAAGUAUCUCAUUGCCACCUCUGAGCAGCCGAUCGCAGCCUUUCAUAGGAGUGAGUGGAUAGCUGAAAGCGCCUUGCCAAUAAGAUACGCCGGAAUUUCGACCUGCUUCAGACAAGAAGUUGGCUCUCACGGACGGGAUACCAGAGGUAUCUUCAGGGUACAUCAGUUUGAAAAGGUAGAACAGUUCUGUCUUACUUCACCUCACGAUAACAAAUCCUGGGAGAUGAUGGAAGAGAUGAUUUCCAACGCGGAAGAAUUUUAUCAGGCGUUGGAUAUUCCAUAUCGAAUAGUUAAUAUCGUGUCCGGUGCACUAAAUCACGCAGCUUCCAAGAAGUUAGAUUUGGAAGCCUGGUUCCCUGGAUCCGGUGCAUUUCGCGAGCUCGUAUCGUGUAGCAAUUGCUUGGAUUAUCAAGCAAGGAGGUUGCUAGUCAGAUACGGUCAAACGAAGAAGAUGAAUACCACGACGGACUACGUCCAUAUGUUGAACGCCACGAUGUGCGCGGUGACACGCGUGAUUUGCGCAAUUCUGGAAGUACACCAAACGGAAACCGGUAUCAACGUGCCGAAGGUUCUGGCAAAGUACAUGCCCUCCGAAUACAGGAGCGUGAUUCCAUUCGUGAAAGCUGCGCCGAUUGACGAGAUCGAAACGAAGAAACAGAAGAAGCAGAAGGAAAACAUGUCAAAGUAACACGAUCGCCACAUAAAUGUGACAAUGAAGCAAGUGGACGGUCUAUCUACAGAUCUUAUUUAUUAAACUGCAUUUUUUUAAAUAUUCCAUUGUGCGAGCCAUAAUCGGAUCGCACAGCUGUAAUAAUUACUUAAGAAAAUAUAUACACAAAUGUUCUCAGCUUCUCA